CCUUGAAAAGGAAAGAACAUAAAAUAAAAAGCCACAACAAAACCACUCACUCUACUAAAUCUCCUACAACAAAUCUUUCGAAGUAGAGCAGCAUUUAGCCAAGACGGGUCUACCACUGUGGAUGCUUGGUCUCGGCGCCGAUCGUUUGCGGGCCGACAUGAAUCGAUUGCUAGCCUUACUCUUCCACCAGGGAGUGCUCGAUGAGCAGUUUCUGCAGCUGCAGCAGCUGCAAGAUGAGACGUCGCCGAAUUUUGUAUCGGAGGUUGUUAGCAUAUAUUUUCGUGAGUCGGAGAAGCUCCUGAGGAAUCUACGAGCCCUUCUUCUGGAAAGAGAGAGCUCGGACUACAAGAAGAUGGGAAUUCAUUUAAACCAGUUCAUGGGCAGCAGUUCAAGCAUAGGAGCAAAGAGGGUGCGGAAUGUGUGCGUUGCGUUUCGGGCAGCUUCUGAGCAGAAUAACCGAGCUGGGUGCUUGCGUUCUUUGGAACUGCUGGAGCACGAAUAUUGCUACCUCAAAAACAAACUACACGAACUGUUCCAUAUAGAGCAGCAGCGAGUGAUGGCAUCUGGAGUGAGGUACCCGAUGUUGGAUUGAAAGACGCCACCAAAUAGCCUUUGCUUUUGGAGUUCUGAUGGAUGGGUUGUUUUUCUGUCUCCCUUUUUCUACACCCCUACCUUACAAAACAAAGAUGAAAAAAAAAAAAGGAGAAGAAGAAGAAGAAGAAAAACCCUAGUUUCACGUAGCUAUGCCUCUCUCUCUCUCUCUCUCUCUCUCUCUCUUCUUUAUUGUAGAGUUAUUCUUUGAUGCCGUUUCAAUGCAUAAAUCGUCCUUUCAGCUGCA